AUGCGCAAUCAUGUCGCACGGUUUUGCAGAGUCUCCCCGAACCUUACGUGCAACAAGUGCCAACGCCGACACCUAACGGUCCUUUGCGAGCUGUCACGAGCCGUCACCACGACCGCUGCUCCUACACCAACAGUACCGAGCGGCUCGUCCGGCUCUACCUCACCGACGGUAACUACGGCGUCAACCGGCGCUACAGAAGCCAAGUCGGUGCUCCUUCAGACGGGCCGUGUUUGGGCGGAGAACGGACCGCGACAGCUCCUGGUGCGGGUGCUGCUUGACAGCGGCAGCCAGCGUUCUUUCAUCCGCACCGACGUUGCCAAGAGAUUGCAGUGUAAAGUCAUUGGCACGGAAGAGCUGUCAUUGGUAACGUUUGGAAAUUCCAAGCCACGGAAUCAUUUACGUUGUCGACGCGUCUCUGUCACGCUGCGUGGUCGAUUUAGUGGCAGCACCGUCACAUUGGAAGCACUGGAAGUCCCCGAAGUGUGCACCGUGACAAGUCCACCGCUGAACAUUGGAGUGCUCGAGCUGUUGAGCGCCCGGAGGUAUGAUGCUGCGGACAUGUUUGACCCGGAAACUUGGCACACAGAGGACAUCAGCAUAUUAAUUCGCUCGGACGCUUAUUGGAAGGUCGCCACUAGAAAGAUUGAUCGCCUCAACGAGCAACUCACUGCCGUGGAAACGUCGUUCGGGUGGACUGUGCAGGGAAGUAGCUCGCACUACGAAGCUACAGCAACUAGUGCCCUUUUCUUAUCGGCUGGUGGUUCUCAUCAAGAGUGCAAUGAAUCGGCUAUGUGGCGCCUCGACACUAUCGGUAGUGAGAACCGGUCGUCAAGUACUGUAAAAGACGACCCUGACCUCGACAUAUUUGAGCACUGUCUGAGCAAGCAAGCUGGUCGUUACCAAGUGCCCCUGAUGAUGCAGGAGCCUGGCAUUCCUGCCGGUAGAGACAACAGACAGCUUGCAGCACGUCAACUAAAUAUGCAGCUGAACCGAUUCAGGGAGCAACUCGACCUGCUGAAACAGUACGACGAAGCCAUCACUGCUUAUUUCAAGGAUGGUCAUGCCGAACGAGUUGAUCAAGAGCAGAUUCGAGGCCCUAACAUUUAUUACAUGCCGCAUCAUGCUGUGAUCCGCCGCGAUGCAGUGACCACCAAGCUCCGGGUUGUUUUUGACGCGUCGUCACAUGUCGUCGAAAAACCGUGCCUGAAUGACGUUUUAUCGAAAGGGGUGAAGCUUGGUGUUGACAUCGUGCAACUAUUGCUAUCCUUUCGUUGCUACCCAGUGAUUCUUGUGCCAGACAUCAAGAAAGCCUUACUACGCUUUCUAUGGGUUCAGCAACUGCCAACCAAGGAAGAGCCCAGCCCAGCCAUUGUCGCGUGGCGGAUGACUAGGGUCACUUUCGGAGCAGCAUCAAGUUCCUUUCUGCUUGCCGCCACGAUACGCCAUCAUUUAGCGUCGUGUCGGGAAAAAUUUCCUGUGACAGUGGCCCUCCUGGAGAAGGCGUUUUACGUGGAUGACCUCAUCCUUGAGGUGUCCACGGCGGAACAAGCCAUGACUGUAUACCAGGAAACACGCGCCAUAUUCGCUGACGCCUGCAUGGAGUUACGGAAAUGGGCAUCGAACUCCGACCUGCUAAAGCAACAGUUUAUCCAAGAUAACGUGGCCAUUGAGACUGAAGCAGGAGAUGACCAUCUCAUGAAGGUUUCGGGCGUGUCGUGGGAGCGUAAAGGCGAUACCAUCGCGUUGACAGUGUGCAACGCAGCCUUCUUCGCCGCAAACAGACCGGCCACCAAGCGCACGAUCCUUCAAACCGUAGCCAGCGUUUACGAUCCGCUUGUUUAUCUUUCCCCAUUCACCGUGAAAGGGAAGCUAAUGUUCCAAGAGCUGUGGAAGCGGAAACACUCCUGGGAUGACACUCUGCCAAACGAAGUACAAGCUGCAUGGAACGCGUGGUGCGCCGAGUUGCCAGAUGUCCAGGCACAGAUUCCUCGCUACGUGUUUCUGCACGACUGCAGCGUAGAGCUGGCAUUUGAACUGCACAUAUUUACUGAUGCCAGUCCUAAGGCUUAUGGUGCGUGUAUCUACGUUCGGACGCUUUCUGCCGACGGGGCAUGCGUCGCACGAUUGCUUAUCAGCCGAAGUCGCGUCGCUCCGCUCAAGACGAUAUCCCUGUCUCGACUGGAGCUGAUCGCCUGCGUUAGUGGAGCACGGCUAGCGGAGUACGUACGGUCCGUGCCACUUCUCCAGCAGGCAUCCGCUCAUUUUUGGACCGACUCCCUCGUCGCUCUUCACUGGAUCCGAGCAAAAACAAGAAAUCGAGAUCUUUUCAUCAGCAAUCGUGUAGCCGAGAUAUCUAAGCUCACUAAUCCCGACACCUGGGCGUAUUGCAGCAGCGGCGAAAAUCCUGCCGAUCUACUCACCCGUGGCGUGUCUAAAAAGGCGUUUUUGGAGUCGGAUAAAUGGUGGCACGGUCCCACUUGGAUCUCAACGCCAGGACCGAUUCCCAGUUUCAAGCUGGAUGACCUUCCGAACAACAGAGACAUGGAGCCUCUUACAGCGCUUCGUCCACAACGCUUCGAGAAGGAGCCCUCCCCGCAGUGGAACGCUCACGACUUUAGCACUUGA